CCUCAGACCCGUCCAGUCUGUUUCAGAACAGAACAGACAGAUAAUUAUCUCCUUCUGGCGAUAUAUUUUUUGCUCUCAUUUAUUGAAAAUUUCCAGCAAACCAUGGCAUCCAAGCUGAAAGAACGCAAGAGAACUCCGGUUUCUCACAAAGUGAUUGAGAAACGACGGAGGGAUCGUAUCAACCGGUGUCUGAAUGAGCUGGGCAAAACGGUACCAAUGGCUCUUGCAAAACAGAACUCUGGGAAGCUGGAGAAGGCGGAGAUUCUGGAGAUGACCGUUCAGUAUCUGCGCGCACUCCACGCUGCGGACUUCCCGCGAGGCAGAGAGAAGGGUGAGCUGCUGGCAGAGUUUGCGAAUUAUUUUCACUAUGGCUACCACGAAUGUAUGAAGAACCUGGUGCACUACCUUACCACCGUGGAAAGGAUGGAAACCAAGGACACCAAAUACGCGAGGAUCCUCGCAUUUUUACAGUCCAAAUCCCGGGUCAUCACCGAGCCCGUGUUUGGCUCAAUAGGCGGCUUGCCUGACCCCACAGACUACUUGUGCCAAUUGCACUCCGCUUCGGACUACCAAAGCCAUAGCCCAACCGACUCCGUCUUCCAGCAGAGUCCUCCUACGCACUACUGGCACAGCUCCGCGCGCAGCCCCACCAUCGCUUACCCGCAGGUUCCCCUAUCCGCGCAGACGCAGCAACACGGCAGCUACUUGUCGCCUGUGCAAGGACUAGACCAUCACUACAUUAACUUCAUCGGCCACUCGCAUGCCAACGCGUUCAGUCUGCACACCGCACAACACGCUGCCUUGUAGCCCAAUGUA